GUCGCCGAACUUGGACCAUGACAGACCGAGGUCCGUGCUCACAAGUGGAGGUUUCCCCGGGAACCGACGAGUAUCAAAUAAUGAGUUAUGAGGCUAACAAUGCGAUGGGUACAAGUUUUCAAUACUUAAGAAUUAAAAGAUUUUACCAUCACUAUGACAUAAAUAAGUUUUUAAUCAAAGAAAACAAAGAACUGGUUGGAGGAACGUUAUACCAUUACAGGGGCAGAAGAUUUAUCAAGAUAGACAGGCGUCAUUUAGAUGAGGCAUUAUUAUUUAAUUUGGACCAUCAACGUUGUAAUCUCGAACAACCACUAUUUCAAAGAACGCAAACUCAAAAUUAUGUUAUUCCUAAUCAUUCAGAUGAAUAUUUUAUAGAAUAUGUAAUUAUAUAUGUUUAAGACCUUUGUUAGUGUAGUUAUAUUUUAUUAAUUAAUCUCACCUUGU